AUACAUAACCAGCAACAAUGGCCAAGAAGGAAAAGGUUAGCAAGUCUGAAGAGACAGAAGACAACUACGAAAAGAGACUUUCGGCUAUCUUGCCAUUUGCCAAACCUUUGGCUCCUAAGAAGUUGAACAAGAAGGUUCUCAAGACCGUGAAAAAGGCUUCCAAAGCCAAGCAUGUCAAGAGAGGUGUCAAGGAAGUUGUCAAAGCAUUAAGAAAGGGUGAAAAGGGUCUUGUAAUCAUUGCAGGAGACAUUUCUCCAGCCGAUGUUGUUUCUCAUAUCCCAGUUUUGUGUGAAGACAGCUCUGUCCCAUAUGUAUUCAUUCCCUCCAAGGAAGACUUGGGCUCUGCUGGUGCAACCAAGAGACCUACUUCUUGUGUGAUGAUUGUUCCAGGAGGAGGAAAGUCGAAGAAGAACGCCGACAAGACCGAAGAAUACAGAGAGUCCUUCGACGAAGUCGUCAAGGAAAUCCCAGCUUUGGAAUAGGUCUACCAGUGGGACUAUAUUCAUUCCUGACGAAUGAUAUGACGACUCUAUUAUUGGCAUAGUAAGCAUGGAGUGGGAGAACGCUCCGGAAUCACAAUACAAAAUGCAGACGUUUGUCCGCAGACAUUCAUAUAGUCUUCUAGUUGGACUUCUUUCAUUCUUAUCCUUUUAUAUUCUUAAUUUGUACUUUAUAAUCAACGAAAACUUUAG